AUCCGAUGCUGACAGGCAGCAUGUAUGGUAAGACCUAGACCUAGAAGUGUUCACAAUCAUGUCACCAUGUUCUAGAUCUGGGUUUGUCCCAGUACCUGCAACUGUCGGUAAACAAAUUUAACGAAUUAUAGAGAAAGGCCUGCAACUUGACCAGCAUCAUCCACUGUUACUGGUAAUGGAUAUAAUAUAAUAUACAUAUGUACCCAAUCUAGAUCCUAGGUGGCUUCAUUUUGGGGAGAACCCGCAGCGUGGGGCUCGCGGAGUAGAUCUCGGCCGACGCCCAUCCCCGCCGACGCCCAUCAAUGGCCAUGGUCGGCCCUCGUGCCUUGCCCUGCCUAACGGCGCUCCUCCUGGCCGGCUGUGCCUUUAGCCUGCUGUCGCCCGCCCGGACCGUGCGCGCCACCGUGACCUCGGCCGGACCACGCGGGGGCGCGGCACCUGCGGGGGUGACUGGGAGUGGCUCCAGCAGCGCCAGUUUGGCCAGCGCGGCCGUGUUGCUGUGCGGAGCCGCCAGCCUGGCCAGACGGAGGGACCAGGUGGUAUGCCGCGCCGGUAAGCAAUAUUGGGAAGGCGAGUGGAUCUGCGCCGAUUGCGGAUAUAUUUACAAUGAGCGUGCCUUCGGCAUGAAGUUCGAGGACCUGGGUCAGGGCUUCAAGUGCCCUCAGUGCGCCGCGCCGCGCCGGCGUUUCGCGCGGAAGCUGGGCGACAAGAUCGGCACGACGCUGGAUGGCGGCGAUACACCCAUCCUGAUUUUCACCGCCGUUUGCUUGCUGAUCGUCUUGGCCAUCGCCUAUUAUAGCCUCCAGUAGCAUGCGGUUAGUCACCUGACGCCCCGACCGGGAGAACGAUGUCCAAGCAG